CCAGAUCUCUGGGUGCAGGUGGGUGUCAGUCAGCCAGUCCCCCGCUACAGCACGUUGCACUGCACCUGCCAAACCUUCCAUGGCUACACUAGCUUGGCUGAUGGAUCUAGGGCUAGCCGGCACUAUCACGAAUCCACCUGCAGCUGAUCUCUAGGUUCGAAUAAAGAGCUAAGUGCAUGCAUGGGCCUGAUUCAGCCAUAUGCCCGUAGUCUGCAUGCUCUUAGCUCACCACCCUACCACAUUCUCUUAGCUAAGUCUAGGGCGCAAUGAUAAGGGUUCACAAAUUAUCCCCUGUUUCUCGCGACGUGGAUUUUAUGGCUAAUUAAUUGCUAGUCAUGGCUGUAACGGAGGUCCCUAGACCGAAUAGUUCCUCUGGAGCAACUACGAGAGGAUCGCGAAAAUCGCCAGCGACUAAACCUGGCGCGAAAGCGUCGCCAUGGAGUCGCAGGGCGACGCUAGUCCCUGCGGCGAUUUUCGUCCUCACCGCCGUCGCAUUCCUGCAGCACUCGUCGCUCCUGCGACGCUACGCGAAGUACAUCAAUUUCGCAGACGACGCGGGCGACAGCCGACAAAUGCUCGUUCGCGGCGAGCUGCGCGACCCGUGCGACGUGAACCCCAGCGCUGCGACGUGCUCGCGAUACAAGAUGAUCGCAUUCGCCAUGGGUCCACUCCCGAACCGUCUUCAAACCCUCUGCUUAGCCAACGCAACUGCCGCCAUCUCCCGCCUCUCUCUCCGUGUCGUUUGGCUAAAAGACGAGGGGAUGAUCUACGUGCCGCCCACGGGGGAGAGCGGGGGAGGCGGAGGCGCAGGCGGAGGAGGAAGGGGCGGAUGGGGAGGCGGGCCGGUUGUGAUUGAUACGGGGGGACUGCUAUCGCCCGUUAGUGCCACCAGGGCGUUUCUCGCGCAUCCCUUUGUGCCCAAAACGAUGAAGUUCGGGCAGUGUGGGCGCAGCAGCGCAGCACUCGAUCCCUCUGAAGCGGAGCGGCUAUCUCUAGACGUGUGGGUGGCUGUGAGGGCGCUCAACCGCACCAAGUUCGAGAAGGUGGUGGGGUGUUUAGUUUUAGAGGAGUUCCACCGCUGCUAUGCGCGGCUACAGCCGUCACUUGCCGUCAGAAGCAUAGUGGAAUCGACCAGUCUCAACAUGACACAUGUCAAACAGAGCACUGCCGUCUACAUUGAUGCCCCCUCCGACCAAUCCUCCUGCACCGGCUGCCCCCCGGACAGGAAAAUUUCCGACUGCGCUGCCCGGAGCAUCGCAAUGGAAAUUUUAGGCCGCCCGUCGAUCGAGCUCACCAUAGCCUCUCGAAACCCCUCCCACCCCACCACUGUUGCUGAGUUCUUUGACCCCAAUCGUGCCCCAUUCAUGCCCCCCUCUGCUGAGUUUAGAGCCGCUAGAUGCACCGAUGCUGCGAUCCAGAAGCUCAUGGCCACGCCGGGCCUGAUGGAUGCCGAACCUGCUUCGGCUGCCGAACCUGGCGGCCCGAAGCGGGAGGGCAGGCAUGCGUUGGAGGUUCCGACGGGUGGAGCAGAGGGAGGGAGUGGAGGAGGGAGAGGAGGAGAGAGAGGGGGAGGGGGAGGAGGGGCGAAGGGAGGGAAGGGGGAAGGCAGGGAGGGGUAUGCGAAUGUGAGUGUGGAAGAAUUGAUAGAGGCGAUUGAAGAGGGGAGGGCGAGGAUGGUGGAUGCAGGGGAGGUGGCGCGAGCACGGCGAGUGCUGAUAGCGUGUCAACAGCAUGAGUUCGCCGAGCUGCUGAUCCUCUCUCAAGCCCAGGCCAUGCUGCACAUGCACCCGUCACCAACAGCAGACUUCAUUCGAGCCCGGGGGCUCGCCCUCAACCCUUCCUUCAGAGUGCCCCUGCCCAUCUGCCAGUCGCCCCCACUUCCUCCCAUCCCUCGCCAACUCUUCGCCAAGUUCUUUGUGGUCGAACCAUCCCUCAACCUGGCUUAUUGCGGCCUGCCCAAGGUGGCGUGCACCAGCUGGCGCAUGUGGCUGCGGGCCAUGCUCAACCUCCCCAAGCCAGAGGACCAUCUGCUCGCGCACAGCUACGAGGCCAGCGGGCUGGGGGACCUCUCCCAGAAGUUCUCCGAGCGGGAGGCCACGCGGGCGAUGACGCGGCGCGGACUGUUCAAGUUCACCUUCGUGCGGAACCCGUUCUCGAGAAUUGUGUCUACGUACCUAAACAAGCUUGUGGUUACCGAUGCGCCGGACCGGACCAAGGGGUGGGGGACCCGCGAAUUCUGGAAUCAGGAACUUUUUGGCACCAUCCAGCCCUUCCUGGACCUGCUCAAAGACCCAGUCACGCAGCUCGUGUCAUUCCACGACUUCAUGCGCUUAGUGGAGCACCUUAUAAGGGGGCAGAAGCCCCUGGACCGGCACAUCACCCCUCAAGUGGACCUGUGUGCUCUGGACCGGAUACAGUACGACUAUGUGGGCCGCUUUGAGCGCCUGGAGGAGGGGGUGAGGCGGGUAACCGCGCGUUACAACCACUCCAAUAUACACCUGUUUAAGUUUGGCAAGGAGGCGCAUGCCACGGGGACAGACCUCAAGCUCGCCCGGCUCUACGACUCGGAGACCGUACGGCGUGUUUCGAAGGUCUACAGUAAAGACUUCAACAUUACUCUCAACAAUGUACACUUCGAGACGCCUCCUGUUCUGCAAAAAUUAAUUACAGACGCCUAACCCAUUUGCUCUGUGUAGGGGGUAUCCAUAUCCACCACCGUGAUUCAACCACCUGACAUAAGCACAAGGUCACACAAGAAGCUCGCUUUUGCAAGUGAACACACAAAGAAAAGUUUAUUAUCGUACAAUAUGACAACUGCUCUGCAGACUCCUUGAAGAGUCUUGUCUUGAUCAGGUUAUCCUCUUCUCUCCAACCAAGCAACCACGCCUGGAUGAGGGAAGUAAACAUUCCACCAAAAC